AGUGAGUGGGUGGUGUAGUCUCGCGAGAUUAGGAAACCGGACAGCGAGACCGAAUCGGUCGGAGUAGCAAGAGGAGAAAAAUAGAACUAAUAUCAAGCUUCACAAUGUCUGGACGUUCGGUUCGCGCUGAGACCAGGAGUCGUGCUAAAGAUGACAUAAAGAAAGUGAUGGCGGCCAUAGAAAGGGUUCGUAGAUGGGAGAAGAAAUGGGUGACAGUAGGUGACACUUCUUUGCGAAUAUUUAAAUGGGUUCCUGUAGUGGACGCCAAAGAGAAGGACAAAAGCAAAAUGGGUGCUGGAGCAGUGAGAGAGCUGAAGAGCUUCUCUGCAGAAACCCCAUCAGAAGCAGCACGCUCCGUCCUCCUGGAUUUCCAGGAUGAGAACAGCAACCAAAGCUCCCUGUCAGACACGUACCAGCCAAAGGUGGACAGCAGUGGUAACUCCAGCCCACAGCCCAGCGAGCCAGUCAGCCCGGCUCACACCUGUGACUUUCGCACCGAUGACUCCCAACCCCCCACCCUGGGCCAAGAGAGCAUGGAGGAGCCAUCUUUGCAGACAUGUGAAGUUGCUGAUGAACCUCCUACCCUAAUUAAAGAGGAUCUACUGCCCCUCGCUGCUCAGGAGGAAGAGGAAAAUUCUGGCGCGCCCCCCCUUAAAAGAGUAUGCACUGAGCAGAACUCAGUCCUGCAGGCUACGUCCCUAAGCUAGCCCGCAGUGCACUUGCCUAAGCCACUCGACUAGUUGGACUGCUGCCUGUCCAUCCUGAAACGGCUGCAACAUAGACACACCGAGGACCAGACAUGUUCAGCCGGACGAAUACGUUACUAUCUUCAACAAAUAUUGCAUUUUGCAUAGUUCUCAGAUGCUGAGAUGAUUUUUUUUUUCUUUCCAGAAGGAUCUUAUACCAAAAAGUGUGUGAGAGAGAUGCAAAUAAACAUCACUGGCAUUCGUGUGAUCAAAUAGGUAAAAUGAAUCCAAAUACGUAUGCUAGGCUCUUUGUUUUCUUUAAUUGGGAUUACUGUAUUCAAGGUAUAUCUUCAUAUUGUAAAUCCUUAGCGUAUGCGGCAUAAUGCAUCAGAGUCUUGAUGUUCUUGUCAAUUUAUAUCAAUACCUGUAAGUAGUACAUAAAAGCCAUGCUUGGUGUUGUAUUGUCAAACUGCUCUUGGUAAGCCUUGAAAUGAAUUUUAAUGUGGAGCCGUCGUUUAUGCAUGUAAAUUAUUCACAUUAAGUUGUGGCAAAUGGGCUAAAUUAUAUUUUAAUUACAACUUUCUUGUAUAAUGAGAAACUUUUUCCGAUGGAUAGUUCAAUUUUCUGAAUUCAUGGAGCAGUAGUUUGAGGGCAAAUUAGUUUAUUGACGUAGAUGGCAAACCAAUGAAUUUAUUACGGAUUGUGGAAAUAAUCUCAAGGUUCCGUUCAGAAUUAUAGUUGUUCACUAUGCUUUAAAUGUGCUUUGUUUCAUAUGUAGUUUCGGCAUUAGGCCAUGAAUGUGACACGAUAGUUAAGAAUGAUAGACCUCAUGUGCAUUUGACACCAAUAGACUCACGGAGACAGUUGGAAUUUCCGUCUGCAGGAGAAGUUUUGCUCAUGGUUCCGUGACCUCAGCAUCUUCCCCAUAUGCCAAACGCAGGAAUAUAUUUGAAAAUGUGUUAAAUACAUGCAUUUUAACCCAAAAAUACAUAAAAUAGCUGGAGUCACAGAUACAUUUAGAAACAUAACAGUUAGCUAAGGCCAGCAUAUACUGCAAGUUAGUAAAUUCUUAAUAUGAUUUAUACUGUAAGACUUGCAGUAAUGUCCUUUAAAGUGUUUUUAAGAUCAUUAUUGUACUGACAAUCAGAAUUACUUGCUGGUGUAUUAAAAUGAACAGGUUUUAUUGUGUAAAUGAAUAUGUUAUUCAUAAUUUAUGAAAGAAUGGUUUCACAUUUGAAGGAUGAUUAAGCAAACAGGUGAUAUUAAUGUUGUCCUGUUCUUAUGUUGAUAUUCUUCUAUCCAAUCAGUUUUUUUUAACCUAGCCUCGACCAUAAUGCUCAUCAAUUUGUACGAGGCCAGAGGUGUACUGUACUUUUUUGUUUGUGCGCUGUUACAGUAACAGAUGUGUUCUACGAAUGGAGCACCAUAAAGCGAAUGAUGAAAUCCAUAACGCAAAGCUGACUGUAAUGCAGCAAAAUCAGUCAUUGAAUGACAAGGAUACAGGACCUAUUCUCUUGAGCACAAGAAGAAUCCAGAAGAAAGGUCUCCCAGGAAACCAUUUAUUUGAGAAACGUUAACUUUGUAUCUUCGACAAAACCAUUUUCUUUCUGGAAUACUAGACACUGAAAAGACCAUUAUGCCAUAAAAUUUUCUACAUAGCUUCUUCGGUAUUUGGGAAGCUCGGAAUGUAUUUUCAUUUGAAGUAUAUAGGCUGGUUAAAUUUUAUUCUCUUUAUAAUGUAUGACUUCCUUCAUGAAACUCCACCAGAUGCUAGUGAUUACUGUUCGUAGCGAUAUCCGGUCUUGUCUUGUACAGAGCUUUAACAAAUGUGUAGCUGUUCAUUUUGCAGUAUGAGGUUGUAUUUUCUUGUUCUAGUUUAUUGUUUUAUCCAUGGAGAUGAUGCUUUUAUGCUCAUUUGUUGUUUGAAAUAAUCAAGUAAAUGACUUAUCACAGCCAUAUUUUAAAUAAUACAAUUGCAAAAUGUUCUGUUUGGUCUAUGGAAUCUACAGUUUUAUCCUUUUCUUGCAAGAGGAGGGACUGGAGACAAGAAUUUGUAUAAACUAUUUUGCUGGAUGCUGAAAAAGUAUUUUACUGUAACUGAAGACAACAAAGAAUUUUAUAAAGGAAUGUGGAUUUGAA